CACGAAAGCUGUACAUACAUCGUAUAGGUUAAAACGUGCCGCGCUACAGUCCUUUAUCCAUGAAAAUUGCGCAUUUGGAUCCUCCUCUGUCUCGUGCUUUUGUUUGCAAGCUCAUUGUAUUGAAAUUGCAUUGUUUACUCACGGUUAUGAAACAAUAAGUGGAUCUCUGUCGCUUACAAAGCGCCAGAUUUGAUCGAACCAUGUCAGGCGACGUACAACCAAGGAAACGCAAAGACAAAAAAAGAAAAAAAGAUGAUUUAGGAGUAGAAGAACCCCGUGGGACAGCAGCUGCUUUAGGCGAAGGGGAUGUUUUUAUGCACUCUCAUCAUGAACAUGGAACUGGUGGCCACUGGUGUGCAAAGAUUAUAUUCUUCUCUCUAUUAGCUGUACUUAUAACACUCAUUGGAUUAAUUAUAUUGGAAAAUAGAGGAUUGUCUGAAUUAGAAGCAAAUGCGGUGGAGUCUCGUUAUUCUGGUGUUUUAGAAGGCUGGCUUGAAGAUGCACCGGAUGAUGACCAUCAUGAUGAACAUACAUUAGAACUCACUCAUCAUGAUGAUGAUGAAGAACACCAUGAAGCUAACCAUUUAGAAGACGAAAAUCACGAUGAAGUUGAAGAUGAUGAUCACGAUGAGGAUGAAGAUAAUGAUCAAGAUGAUGAUGAAAGGAUAGAACAAAGUGAUGAAGAUGAUGAUGACGAGGAACUAGAUAACGACGAAAAUGAUGGUGAUGAUGAUGAAUAUGGAUUAGACAAAGAUGAAGAUGAUAAUGAACAACAAGAUCUGGACGAUGAAGAUGAAGAACAUGACUUUUAUAGUGAUAAAAAGAAAACUAUUUAUGAUGAAAGUGAAGAUAAUGGAAAUAAAGACGAUUUAAAUGAUGGUGAUGAAAGUGGAGAAGAAAAUCAGCCUGAUGACGAGGAUAAUGAAGAUAGUCAUGAAGAAAAUUAUUAUGGCCAAUAUGAAGUUGAUGAAAAUGAUAGAGAUCAUAUUGAUGAUGACGAUGAUGAAAGUAAUGAAAUUGACAAUGCUAAAUACGAAAAUAGUAUUGAGAAUAAUGAUGACGAUGAUAACGACCAAAACCUAGAAGAUUCCAAUGAAAAUAAUAAUGAGGAUGAUGAGGAACAUGAAGAAGAUCAUGACAGUGCUGAAGAAGAAGUUGAAGUAGAGAAACUUGAAACAGAAGAACCAGACGAAGAAGCCAUAUCAACGGAAUUGCCAUCCUUACCUGAAGACAACGAUGAUGAUAAUGGUGUUACAGAUGAUAAAAAUGAUGAUGGUGAUCUAAGUGAGGCAGAAUCUGAUCAGGAAGAGUUUGACAACGCUGAAGAGGAAGAUGAAUAUCUAGAAAAUGAUGACAUCGAAGAACCUGAAGUGGAACCGAUAACCGCGCUACCUGGGAAACCAUUACCUGAGGUGGAAGAAGAGAUAUCAUCCGAACAACCCCCCGACACGUUAGCCGAAGAGGAAGAAUAUGAAAAACGUCAAGAGGAACUUCGCCGGGAAGAAGAACAAUCAUCUCACAAUGCACUGGACGAUGAAGAGCCCGCUAUUACUGAGGAUAUUCCUUUAAGUGACAGACGGUUAACUUUAAUACCUGAAGAACAUUCUAAAUCUGUCAAAAAGAUUCUCGAGGAAAUAUCGGAACGCAGUUUUGAUAAAGUUGUAGGAAGUGCAGAUAAUUCUGGGAAGCCUGCUUUAGUAAAAAAGCAAGAAAGUGAAGAUGAAGAAAAGUAUUCAGAUGAAGAGGAAAUACAAGAUUCAACAGUAACUGCAGAGGAUAAUAAAGAAUUGUAUAGUGAUGACGAACAGCCUGAGGACGAUGAGGAAGUUGUAGAAGAACCAAAACAAAUUAUUAAACAGAGCGCCCCCCUCGUAGAAAGUAAAGCUACACACGAGCCUGAAGGUGAUGAAGAACUUGAAGAGGAUGACGUAGAAAUAAUAGAUGAUGAACAACUCGAGGAAGAAUUGGAAGAGGAAGACGAAGAAGAAAUCUCAGAUGUAGACGACGCGGAACUGUUGACCCGACUUGAAGCGAAAUACGGCAAACUGCCCGAACCUGAGCGUCCCGGGCAAAAACAUUAUAGUAAACAUGAUAUCGCUCUCGUAUUGUCGCUUUGUAUGGCAAGUGCAUGUCCCAACAUUAACAAAACUAACAAAGACGGAGGCAACAGUAUAGAUGACGUUUGGCCCGGUGAACCCAGUGACGCUUACUGGCGCGAUCAACUUGACUCCGCGGAAAGAGAUUUACUCCAGGGUGAAUGGAGUGUUGCCGUGGAGCGUGCGAGCAGUGACCGGUUGCGCGAUAGUGCGCGUGCGCGGUGGAUAGCGGCGCGCGCGCUCGAUCAUGCCGCUGAAGCGAGGCGCGACAACUCGCUGCUCUCGCGCGCUAUCACUGCUUACCUGCACCUGCUCAAGAUGAACGAACGUCUGUCGGACGAGAAACUCCUGAAAAUAUCCGAACGCGUAUUGGAUAGAAUACAAUUCCGAGGAAAUUACCUAAACGCGGAGCCUGUUUACAGAUUGUUAAUACGCAGAUUUCCAAAUGAUCCUGCAUACCGAAAUAACUUGACCAUCUCAUAUCUUAUGGCCAAUAGGGCUGAUUUAGCUGAGGAUUCUAUAAAAGAGACUCUCAAAAGAUGGCCCAAUGAUCGUUUAGCCCUUGCACAUUACGGAUUCGUAUUGAAGACUAGACACAAUCGCUACGAGGAAGCCGCCCAAGCUUUCAGUAAAGCCCUAGAUGGCGACACGGGUCCCGCUAACGAGGCCCGUUUCUACUACCACUACGGUGAUUCAUUAUUAUUGUUGGGCCGUUUCGCCGAAGCUCACGAAGUACAUAAACGCGGAGCCGCACUUGGACAUUUCUUAUCACCAGCUCAACGAUCGCUGUAUAAUGUUCCGCGCUUAAAAAGUUCUCCCUGGUGGAAAAUAGAAGAGACUCCAUAUCUUAACUUGGCUAAAGCUCUCGAGAAGUCCUGGAGGGAAAUAUUGAAGGAGGCGGAAGCGGCGAAAUCGUUGUACGAGAAAGAGAAGGAAGGUUUAAAAGAGCGCGGCGAGUGGUCACAAUUGGAUCUGUUCGCGCGCGGUCGUGAGAUUCCGGAUAGAUGUAAAAGGGCACCUGUUACUUGUUCUAUAGUGAAAGGUGAGAUUGCGGCUGUCGGAUGUCGCCGUGGACAGAUAAAGUUUAGUGCGAUGGAAGCGGGAACACACGUCCGUCCACACGUCGGACCGACCAACUGUCGUCUGAGAAUGCAUUUAGGCUUAAGCAAUACCAAAGAUACAUAUAUAAGAGUGGAUCAAGAAUUAAGGCAGUGGCGUGAAGGCAAAACUUUAAUGUUCGACGAUAGCUUCGAACACGAAGUCUGGCAUAACGGCACCGGCACCCGACUAGUUCUCAUUGUAGACGUGUGGCAUCCACAUCUGACACCAGCUGAGAGAAGACAGCUGCCAGCAAUAUGAGUUUACCAUAAACUAGCUAGGAUAACUGCUUGUUAACGUUAUCGUUACAACGCUAUGUUACAACAAUUUCAUAACGUUAAUCUCAUUACGUUAUAUUUUUAAUGUGAAUAACGUUUUAAAUAAUACUUUCAAUCAUUUACAAAACCAAGAGAUGUAACUUAUCGUUAGAUAACGACAGAGAGUAAAUAACGUCAUGUAUCAAUAACGUUAUCAAGACAGUUAAUGUUAUUUAAUAUUAAGUUGAUAAAACGUUGAAAAGUUAAACGUUAAACGGACACCCAAGUAACAUAAUGUUACAUCAAUAUACUGGUUAUCUAGUUUUUAUUAAAUGCUGGUAGAUUAGAGAAUGUUUUCACACAACUUUCUCUUUUUUGAAAGGUUUUUUUUUUAUUUAUACAUUUUUGCAAACGAUUUUAAAAGUUAACGCUAUAAGAUUUAAAAUCUAUUAGCUACUGAUAUUUACCGUAUUGUAUAACUUACUAUGCCGUUAUCUUUCUAAAUGAAUUGUAUAAAAACAGUAUUUUGUCUUAAGGGUCUUGAAAAAUCAUUUGAUAUAUGCAUUUUUCACGAUUUCACUAGGAAUAAUUCCCAGUAUUUUUUAUAAUAAUGUAGGUAUGUAUUUUGUGAUAUGUUUUAUAGUCAUUGUUAAUUAUUGUGAAGUUGUGGAAAUUAUUCUUCAAUACCAAAAUUUUGUUAUGAAUAUAAUUUCAAUGCUCAAA